AAAUAGAGUCUGAGCUGCAGGAGAGGGAAGAGUUCAGACGCUGCCCGGUGGAGCGACACAGACGCGCGCGCGCACAGACGCUUAAAGCCAGAACACUGUAAGAUUAUUGGACGGAGUUUCAGCGACAGUCAGACAGCAUGCCGGCGACGGAGAAAGACCUGGCCGAGGACGCGCCGUGGAAGAAGAUCCAGCAGAACACGUUCACGCGCUGGUGCAACGAGCACCUGAAGUGCGUGAACAAGCGGAUAGCCGACCUGCAGAUGGACCUGAACGACGGGCUGCGGCUCAUCGCCCUGCUCGAGGUGCUCAGCCAGAAGAAAAUGUACCGGAAGUACCACGCCAGGCCCACCUUUCGCCAGAUGAAGCUCGAGAACGUCUCCGUGGCGCUCGAGUUUCUGGACCGCGAGAACAUUCGCCUCGUCUCCAUAGACAGUAAAGCGAUUGUGGACGGGAACCUGAAGCUGAUCCUGGGGCUGGUAUGGACCCUCAUCCUGCACUACUCCAUCUCCAUGCCCGUGUGGGAAGAGGACGAGGACGAGGACGCCAAGAAGGCGACGCCCAAACAGAGGCUUCUGACCUGGGUCCAGAACAAAGUACCCGACCUGCCCAUCAGUAACUUCAGUGAGGACUGGAGGGACGGCAGGGCUCUGGGGGCUUUAGUGGACAGCUGCGCACCGGGUUUGUGUCCUGACUGGGAGACGUGGGACCCUGUGAAGCCAGUUGAAAAUGCUACAGAAGCCAUGCAGCUGGCUGAUGACUGGUUGGGAAUCCCUCAGGUGAUCGCUCCUGAAGAGAUCAUCGACCCGGGCGUGGACGAGCAGUCUGUCAUGACUUACCUGUCGCAGUUCCCCAAGGCCAAACUCAAACCCGGAGCGCCUCUCAAACCCAAACUCAAUCCCAAAAAGGCCCGUGCUUAUGGCCCAGGUAUUGAGCCGGUGGGCAACAGAGUGAUGCAGCCGGCUGUGUUCACUGUGGACACGUUCAGCGCGGGACAGGGGCAGGUCACGGUCUACAUCGAGGACCCCGAGGGCAGGAGGGAAGAGGUCAAGGCCGUACUCAAUGAAGGCAAAAAGACCUACAAUGUAACAUACAUUCCUCAAGUGAUGGGGCCUCACAAGGUGACUGUGCUGUUUGCUGGCCAGGAAAUUCCCAAGAGCCCAUUCGAAGUCAACGUGGACAAGGCUCAGGGCGACCCCACCAAGGUCACAGCCAAAGGUCCAGGGCUCGAGCCAGUGGGCAACAUCGCCAACAAACCCACUUACUUUGACAUCUACACAGCAGGCGCUGGUGUGGGUGAUGUGACGGCGGUGAUUAAGGACCCCCAAGGCAAUAAGAACACCGUGGAGGUCAUGAUGGAGGACAAGGGCGACAGCGUGUUCCGCUGCACAUACAGACCAGUUCAGGCUGGUCCUCACACAGUCAGUGUCAUGUUUGGAGGCAUCGCCAUUCCCAAGAGCCCUUACAGUGUCAGCGUUGGUCCAGCGUCCACCCCCAGCGCUUGCCGAGCAACGGGCAGAGGCCUGCAGCCCCGAGGAGUGCGUGUACGCCAAGUGGCCGACUUCAAGGUGGACACAAGAAACGCAGGAAGUGGCGACCUAAAGGUCACAGUAAAGGGUCCUAAAGGCCUAGAUGAGCAGGUGAAACUGAAGGAAGCCAUGGACGGCGUCUAUGCCUACGAGUACUAUCCAAAUGAACAGGGCAAGUACACAGUGAGCAUCACAUGGGGUGGCCAGCACAUUCCCAAGAGUCCUUUUGAGGUUCUGGUCGGCCCUGAAGCUGGACCGCAGAAGAUCCGAGCUUGGGGCCCGGGUCUGGAGGGAGGCGUUGUGGGAAAGUCUGCUGACUUUGUGGUCGAGUCUGUUGGCACAGACGUGGGAGUGCUGGGCUUUGCCAUCGAAGGCCCAUCUCAGGCCCGGAUCGAGUGUGAGGAUCAGAAUGACGGAUCCUGUGACGUCAGGUAUUGGCCCACGGAGCCUGGGGAGUAUGCUGUCCAUAUUAUGUGUGAUGAUGAGGACAUCGAAGAGAGUCCGUUCAUGGCUUACAUCGUUCCUGACAACAAAGCAAGCAGUCCUGACCAGGUUAAAGCCUAUGGUCCAGGCCUGGAGAAGACUGGUUGUAUCAUCAACAAGCCUGCAGAGUUCACAGUCGAGGCCAAAGAUGCUGGAAAGGGUCCUCUGAAAAUCCUUGCCCAGAAUGCUGACGGCGAGCCCAUCGACGUGAAGGUGAAAAGUAAAGGAGACGGGGUGUACUCCUGCUCCUACACCCCCACCUCCCCCGUCAAACAUACGGUGGCGGUCACCUGGGGAGGGAUGAACGUUCCCAGCAGCCCUUUCAGGGUUCAGGUUGGAAAGGGCAGUCACCCUCACAAGGUGAAAGUGUUUGGUCCAGGAGUGGAGAGGACUGGCCUAAAAGCUCACGAGCCCACACACUUCACUGUGGAUUGCACAGAAGCUGGGGAAGGUGAUGUCAGUGUGGGUAUCAAGUGUGAUGCCAACAUCAUCAGUGAUAAAGAAGAAGACGUUGACUUUGAUAUCAUUCCCAAUGCCAAUGACACCAUUACAGUGAAGUACAUCCCACCAGGAGCUGGACGCCUCACCAUCAAAGUCCUUUUCACAGAUCAAGAAAUUCCUACGAGUCCGUUCCGUGUCAAAGUGGAUCCUUCACAUGAUGCAUCCAAAGUUAAGGCAGAGGGUCCUGGGCUCGCUCGAGCAGGCGUGGAGAGUGGAAGGCCCACUCAUUUCACUGUUUACACCAAAGGAGCAGGCAAAGCACCACUGGACGUGCAGUUCUCUGGUCCAAACAGGGGCCAGCCUGUCCAAAACUUUGAGAUCAUCGACAACUAUGAUUAUUCCUACACUGUUAAAUACUUGCCGGUCCAACAGGGUGAAAUGGUGAUAAUUGUGACUUUUGGAGGUGACCCCAUCUCUAAAAGCCCCUUUGCAGUGGGAGUGGCAGCACCGCUCGACCUCAACAAGAUUGAAGUCGAUGGCCUGGAAAGCAGAGUGGAGGUCGGCCAGGAUCAGGAAUUUGCAGUGUGCACUAAGGAAGCAGGUGGUCAGGGCAAACUGGAAGCUCGGAUUACCAGCCCAACAGGCAAGUCUGUGCCGUGUGUAGUGGAGCCGCAGCUCGGUAAAGAAGCCAGCCUCGUAAAAUACAUCCCAAAAGAGGAAGGUGCCCACGCUGUCGAGGUCCUCUAUGAUAGCAACCCAGUGCCAGGGAGCCCCUUCGCUGUGGACGCCAUGUUGCCUCCUGAUCCCAGCAAGGUCAAAGCUUACGGGCCAGGGCUGAAAGGAGGUUUGGUCGGGAAUCCUGCGGAAUUUAUAAUCGACACCAAUGGAGCUGGAACAGGUGGGCUUGGCCUGACUGUAGAGGGUCCAACCGAAGCCAAAAUCGAGUGUUCGGACAACGGUGACUGCACAUGCUCCGUGUCCUACCUUCCUACCGAGCCUGGCGAAUACCUUGUUAACAUCCUCUUUGAAAACGUCCACAUACCUGGAUCUCCUUUCCACGCUGACAUCGAGUACCCCUUCGACCCCACAAAGGUCGUGGCAUCAGGUUCAGGCCUGAAGCGUGGUAAAGUGGGCGAGACCAGCGUGCUCAACGUGGACUGCGCCAAAGCCGGGCCUGGACAGUUGACACUGGAGGCUGUGUCUGAUGCAGGCUCCAAGGCUAAGACUGAAGUGCUGGACAACAAGGAUGGCACUUACACAGUGACCUACGUGCCACUGACAGCAGGCAUGUACACUCUGCUGCUGAAGUAUGGAGGGACGACCGUCCCAAACUUCCCUGCCAAAGUGGUGGUGGAUCCAGCCAUCGACACCAGCAAGGUGAAGGUGUUUGGACCAGGAGUGGCUGGAGAAGGCGUCUUCAGGGAGGCUACCACUGACUUCACCGUCGAUGCUCGGGCUUUGACGAAAGUGGGAGGGCAGCACAUUAAAGCUCAGAUUAAGAACCCAUCCGGUGCUGCCACAGACUGCACCAUUGCCGACCAGGGCGAUGGCACUUACAAAGUGGAGUAUACUCCGUUUGAGAAUGGUGUUCAUGCUGUGGAGGUGCUCUAUGAUGAGACUCCUCUGCUUAAGAGCCCCUUCCAGGUAGCAGUGAGUGAGGGUUGUGAUCCCACUCGAGUUCUGGCUGAAGGCCCUGGAUUGGAGGAAGCGCUAACUGACAAACCUAACAAGUUCUCAAUAAUCACAAGAGGAGCUGGUAUCGGUGGCCUGGGCAUCACGGUCGAGGGCCCGUCCGAGUCCAAGAUGUCCUGCAAAGACAACAAGGACGGUAGCUGCGAUGUGGAGUACACUCCUUAUGCUCCUGGACUUUAUGAUGUGAACAUUACAUAUGGAGGACAGCACAUUCCAGGAAGUCCAUUUAGAGUGCCAGUAAAGGAUGUGGUGGACUCCAGUAAAGUGAAGCUCUCGGGGCCUGGAGUGGGUUCAGGCAUUCGUGCCAAGAUCCCUCAGACCUUCACUGUGGACUGCAGCAAGGCUGGAACAGCACCACUCUCUGUAGCUGUAACUGGCCCUAAAGGCGUGGCUGAGCCGGUUCACGUAAAGGAUAACGGAGACGGAACACACACCGUAGCCUACACACCCUCUGUGGAAGGACCUUACUCUGUAGCAGUCAAAUACGCUGAGGAAGAGAUUCCACGCAGCCCAUUUAAACUGCGUGUCCUGCCCACACACGAUGCCAGUAAGGUUCGUGCCAGCGGGCCAGGACUGACUACAAGCCUGCCUGCCAGCCUGCCUGUGGAGUUCACCAUCGAUGCCAAGGAUGCAGGAGAGGGCCAGCUAUCAGUCGAGAUAACGGACAAAGAUGGAAAACUGAAGAAGAUCAGCGUUCAGGAUAACCAGGACGGGACGUACACGGUGUCCUACGUGCCGGAUAAAGUGGGCCGGUACACCAUCGUCAUCAAAUAUGGAGGCGACGAGAUUCCGACUUCACCGUAUAGAGUGCGGGCGACUGCUACAGGCGAUGCUAGCAAGUGCACAGUCACUGGCCCUGGCAUCGGGCCUACCAUCGGCAUCGGAGAAGAGGUGGGCUUUGUGGUGAACACAAAAGGCGCAGGGAAAGGGAAGGUCUCGUGCAUCGUUGUCACACCUGAUGGGACCGAGGUGGAGGCAGAGGUCAUCGAGAACGAGGAUGGUACCUUCGACAUCUUCUACACCGCGCCAAAGCCGGGAACCUACGUCAUCUACGUGCGAUUCGGUGGAGAAAAUAUCCCUCACAGCCCUUUCAAAGUCAUGGCUACUGAUGAGGCUCCUUUGCUGCAGCAGCAGUCAGUCCAGCAGAAUCAAGUCGCUCCAGGCGCCGGCUUCCAGCCCUGGGUCACGGACGGCACCUACAUUCCGGUGAGCAGUAUGAACGGCGCUGGCUUCCGGCCUUUCGACAUGGUGAUUCCCUUCACCUUAAGCAAGGGUGAAAUCACAGGCGAAGUUCACAUGCCAUCGGGCAAAACAGCUCAGCCUGAGAUUAUCGACAACAAGGACGGGACAGUCACUGUGAAAUACGCUCCUACAGAGGCAGGACUGCACGAGAUGCACAUCAAAUACAAUGGCACCCACAUACCAGAGUCUCCUCUACAGUUCUACGUCAACAAUGCUAAUAGUCCCAAUGUGACAGCGUACGGACCAGGCCUUGUUUAUGGCAUCGCUAACAAACCAGCUACUUUUACCAUCUACACUGAGGAUGCUGCAGAAGGUGGCCUUGAUUUGGCUGUUGAAGGUCCGUCAAAAGCAGAGAUCAGCUGCACUGACAACAAGGAUGGCACUUGUACGGUCACGUAUCUUCCUACACUACCUGGAGAUUACAACAUUCUGGUGCGUUAUAACGACAAGCACAUAGCCGGCAGCCCCUUUACUGCCAGGAUCACAGAGGACAACAAGAGGAGGUCUCAGGUGAAGCUGGGUUCGGCUGCUGACUUCGCACUGGACAUCACAGAAACGGACCUCAGUCAGCUCACAGCCAGCAUCAAAGCUCCCUCGGGACGUGACGAGCCCUGUCUCCUCAAGAGGCAGCCUAACAACCGCAUCGGUAUUUCUUUCAUUCCCAGAGAGGUCGGGGAGCACUUGGUCAGCAUUAAGAAGAACGGACGCCAUGUUCCCAGCAGCCCUAUCUCCAUCAUGGUGGUGCAGUCUGAGAUCGGAGACGCCAGCAGGGUGAAAGUGUUCGGACCGGGCCUGGUAGAAGGACGCACGUUCCAGAUGGCUGACUUUAUAGUGGACACGAGAGAUGCUGGUUAUGGAGGACUGGCUCUGUCCAUUGAAGGCCCAAGUAAGGUGGACAUUCAGACAGAGGACAUGGACGAUGGGACCUGUGGCGUUGCCUACUGUCCUACAGAGCCUGGUACCUAUGUAGUGUCCAUUAGGUUUGCUGAAGACCAUGUUCCUGGGAGUCCGUUCAGUGUGAAAGUAACAGGAGAAGGACGAAUCCGUGAGAGUAUCAGCCGUCGCCAAAGAGCCGCUUCUGUCGCCACAGUUGGAAGCGUUUGUGAUCUUAACCUGAGGAUUCCAGAGAUCGACGCCCAUGACCUCUCCGCUCAGGUCACCAGCCCAUCGGGCACAACCGAACCUGCUGAGAUUGUGGCGGUUGGCAACCACACCUACUGCGUGCGCUUCGUUCCACAUGAGAUGGGCGUGCACACGGUGAGCGUGAAGUACCGCGGGCAGCAUGUGCCAGGCAGCCCCUUCCAGUUCACCGUGGGGCCUCUGGGAGAAGGAGGGGCCCAGAAAGUGCAGGCAGGUGGCCCUGGGCUGGAGAGGGCAGAGAUCGGUGUGCCAGCUGAGUUCAGUAUCUGGACACGUGAGGCGGGUGCUGGAGGCCUGUCCAUCGCUGUGGAAGGCCCCAGUCGUGCAGAAAUCUCCUUCGAGGACAGGAAGGACGGAUCGUGCGGCGUCUCUUAUGUGGCUCAGGAACCUGGUGACUACGAGGUGUCCGUGAAGUUCAACGACCAGCACAUCCCCGACAGCCCCUACCUGGUGCCCGUGUGUGCGCCCCCACACGAUGCCCGGCGCCUCACUGUUACCAGUCUUCAGGAGUCAGGCCUCAAGGUAAACCAGCCAGCUUCAUUCGCUGUGCGUCUGAACGGUGCUCAGGGCGCCAUCGACGCCAAAGUGCGCAGUCCCUCCGGAGCUCUCGAGGACUGUGUGGUUUCCGAACUGGAACAAGACAAGUACGCCAUUCGGUUUAUCCCACGGGAGAACGGCGUGCACACUAUCGACGUGAAGUUUAAUGGCACACACAUCCCGGGCAGCCCGUUCCAGGUGAGAGUUGGGGAGCCAGGACAGGGCGGAGACGCCGGACUUGUCACUGCUUACGGCGCUGGACUAGAGAAAGGAACUACAGGCAACCAAUCCGAGUUCACCAUCAACACCAGCAAAGCAGGACCAGGCUCCCUGGCAGUGACAGUUGAAGGGCCUUCAAAAGUGAAGCUCGAGUGCCAGGAGUGUCCCGAGGGCUUCAGAGUGCACUACACACCACUGGCUCCUGGAAAUUACCUGAUCAGCAUCAAAUACGGUGGCCCUAAUCACAUCACAGGCAGUCCUUUCAAGGCCAAAGUCACCGGCCCCCGGCUUGUGAACGUGACCAACGCCAGUGAGACCUCCACACUGAUGGUGGAUCCUGCUGUCAGGGCGAUCAGUGCCAACUCCUCCAACGCCAUGCCCAGGGCUGCCUCUGAUGCCAGCAAAGUGACCAGUCGAGGCCCAGGUCUCAGCAAGGCCUACGUGGGCCAGAAAGCCAGCUUCUCUGUGGACUGCAGCAAAGCGGGUAAAAACAUGCUUCUGGUAGGAGUUCUCGGACCUCAGACCCCAUGCGAGGAGAUCAUGGUGAAGCACAUGGGCAGCAUGCAGUACAAUGUCAGCUACGUCCUGAAGGAGCGUGGAAACUAUGUUCUGGCGGUGAAAUGGGGCGAGGAACACAUCCCGGGCUCACCAUUCCAUAUCACUGUGCCUUAAAUCUGACGCAAAUAAACCAUCGUGGGAGCAAUAGAAAACGGCCAAACCAUAACACUUAAAUUACGCCCCAUAUCGAUGACAAACUUGCACUUGAUUUUGUAUUUUGUACAUGUGAUGUGUGGACUGUUGUGCUUAAGUUGCAAAUCUUUUGUGAUUGUUUUUUUUUUAAACCACUGACGAGUUUUUCAACAACUUCCAGGGGUACAAAACCAGAUUUGCAAAAGUAGAUGUUGGAUUCAGGUGUCAGUUUGAAGAGUCUCAAUUCCUUUGAAAUCUUAUUUACUACUGAUGCUAUUUUGUCUGUCUGACUCGCAUUGUAUUUCCAUUACUGUCAUUUUUGAUUCUCGUACCUGCUGCAUAACCUGGACUACUGCGAUUGUUUACAUGUUCACGAAUCAAACGAGGCUCCAUAGUUGCUCAAGUUAUCAACUUGAACCACUUCAACAGGCUUUCCAUUUUUCUUUCAUCUGUAAUUCACUCCAUUAGAGAAUAGAUGCAUCGUAAUCAUAUCCAAACUGUAUUCAAUUUAUAAUAGCUGGGUAAUAUGUGAAUAGCGAAGUGAUUGGAAAGCGCAUGAAAAAUGCAUGUAGUCCAUCUUUUUUCUUUGUUUUGGAAUUGCAGCAUUUGUACAAUGUUCUUUUAGCACACAUUUUUACAAAGCAUUUAAAUUGAAAUGUACACUCCCCAAAACACGCAGUAUUCUUUCUGACUUUCAUGGAGGAUAUUGGAGAUAAUUCACCUCCUAGCAGUUACAGUGACAGAUUUACAAGGGUCUUUUCAUGUAUACUGGUAUUUGUCUUAUCUAACUAGUUUUGAUAAGGUAAUAAAGUAUUUUUCUUAAUGUUUUAAAAGCAGAAAGGGCUAUGCUAUUAUAGUACUCCAUUGUAUAGUCCAGGGUGCCUUAAUGUGAAAUGAUGUACAUUUGGAAAUUUAAAACAAACUGGAAUAAAGAUUGAAAAAAGGUU